AUGACUGAUAUGGGAACAUUACAUUACUUCCUGGGAAUGGAAGUUAUUUUCAACAAUGGAAACAUCAUCCUCUCACAACAUCAAUAUGCAAAGAGUCUGUUAGACAAAUUCAAUAUGACAAACUGUACUGCUCUCUCAACUCCAAUGGAGUAUGGUUUACAUUUGUCAAAACAAGAUAUGGAUGAUGAAGUAGAUUCCAACUUAUAUAGGAGACUGGUGGGAAGUCUAAUGUAUCUGACGAAUACUAGACCAGAUAUAAUGUUUGCAGUAAACAAGAUAAGCCAAUUCAUGGAACAUCCCAAGCAAAGUCACUGGGAAGCUGGAAAGAGGAUACUAAGAUAUAUAAAGGGAACUCUAAAUCAAGGUCUUGUUUACUCAAAAGGAGGGAAAGGGACAUUAACGGGCUUCAGUGACAGUGAUUAUGCAGGUAACAUUGAUGAUAGUAAGAGCACAUCUGGAUAUGUAUUUCAGUUAGGAAUAGGAAUUGUAGCAUGGCAGUCAAAGAAGCAAAAGGUGGUAGCUUUAUCUUCAACGGAGGCUAGGCCGAGUAUAUUGCUCUUUCCAUGGCUGGAUGUCAAGCUCUGUGGCUUCAAGGAAUUCUGGAAGAACUUCAAGAAGGAGCCAAAGGUCCAAUAG